AUGCCGAACGGGCUUACCAAGGCGCCCGUGGCAUCUACCAGAGAAGAGCAGCAGCGAUUUGUAUCAAGACCUGACGUCACGACAACACAUUCACCGGCUUUGAGCAGUGCAACUUAUCGACCUCAGAUUAGUGGACCGGAUAGUCUUGGAACUACAGACUAUUUUCCUGGUGUAAUCGAUACCAGUCCAUGGGGACAGAAGGUCUGCGAAGAAUUGGAAUCGUUCCCGUCCAUGGACCCAGAAAUACACGAAUUCAAUCAAGGCUUCAUGGGUCACGACGAGAAUGCCCCGAUCAUUCACCUCGGACAGUAUCAUGGUAUGGACCAGCAUGAAGUCGAUAGCAUGCCGACGUACAACCCCAACUCUUCACGACGAUUAUCCGAAUCCUCGUUCUCAAUAUCCAGCACUGGUGGUGUUCUUCCAGAAACGACGAACUACGAGGACUUGGGAACGUCCGAGGCAGUCGCAUAUCCGUCCGAUUGCGAAGCAUGGCCAAACUUGGAACCAGCGCCUAAUCUACUAUCACCUCUGGCCUCCCCGCGCCGACCCCAGCAUGACAAUGUCGUGCGCAGUGGUAGUCGGAAUCGUGCUUCGCCGGCGCCCCAUAACAAUGUUCGAUCCUCGCCAUAUACGUUGGAGAGCAGUCGCUUCAAGAGAUGGUCAACUGGCCAUGCGCCCACGUCCACCCCUACGCAGCGCCCACUGUCUCAAGUGCAAGACCGGUUUGCGCCUUAUGGUCCUCGAGUGAAUCCCCACCAUUCGAUGCCAGCUUAUCCUCCUGGCGCGCUACACAACUUCGGACUCCAGACUCAGAACGUGUUGUACUCUCAGCCCCAUCCAUUGCAAUCAAGCAAUCCUACAAUGUUCGCCGCCCAGGAUCAGCCGUUUCAACUUGAAGUGCCGCGACCGUUACCGUCCCAAGGCCUUUUCCGAUUGUUACAGAGCAAUGCCGACAGACAUGGUGGUUGUGCAUCACAUUUCGCGGAUCUCUCCGAUCCACCAGACCUCUAUUCGUCCCUACACGAAGAGGCCUCCGACCCUCCGGAGUCGGAUAUGAACCCAUCAGAUCCUGAUCUCAUCCCGCAUGAACAGGAUCUGCGCUUCACCGGAGAUUUGUACACUCCACGUUGGGUACGUGGCCACGGCAACAAGCGAGAAGGCUGGUGCGGACUGUGUAAGCCAGGCCGUUGGCUCGUGCUCAAGAAUAGCGCCUUCUGGUACGACAAGUCGUUCACGCAUGGUGUGAGCGCAGCUACCGGAGCUGCAUUCCAAGGACCGCAAGAGACGCGCCGCACCGAAGGCAACCUUGACGUUUGGGAGGGUCUUUGUGGAAGCUGUGGAGAGUGGAUUGCGCUCGUGAGUAGCAAGAAGAAGGGCACAACAUGGUUCAGGCAUGCAUACAAGUGCCACACGCACCCGAAGGUCAAAGACGGUCCCAAAAGACGGCGUGAAACCCACGCUGUUCGUGCUCGGGCGGUAUCAUCGGCAUCAGCCACCUCCUCCGGCUACCCAAUCAAGACAGAGUCGUCAUCGCAACAAGAUACAACCGCGCACCGACAUUCCGCCCCGAUCCCCACGUCCUCCUUGAAAGCCCUUGGCAUACCCGCUUCGAUGCACGCCGUGCCGAAUUCGACAUCGCAGCCGAGUACCACUACAUCCUACCCGGCCCCGUCGGCGUAUCCGACACCGACUUCCACAACGGCUAUGCAUCCACCGACCUCUGCUGCCGAAUUCCAGCCCAAGACUCCUGUCGUUGGUCUUUUCACCUCACCAUUACAACCAGGCGGCACAUUCCACCCCACGCAUCGGGUCAGCGAGCCAGAAUUGGUUGGCAUACCGAGGACGACGGCCCUCAGCUCUAUCGCAAGUAUGAUCUAG